GUGACUGCUGAAGCGACCAGCCCCUACGUCAAACGAUCGCGCCGCUCUUUUGCGGAGCCUCCUUGUAGGACCGCCCCUCCGAGCCGCGCCAGCCAAGGCUUCCUGACCUCAAGCCAAUCACCAUGACAUCUCCUCUGUGCUGGGCAGCCGGGACCAAUAAUGUGACUGUCCAGGAGCAAGUCUCAACUCCGUCUUCCAAAGCCAAGGGCAGUAAGGUUCAGGGCCACCGAGGCAAGGCUUUGGGCCGGGCACAGGCAUGGCCUACACAGCGUCUCAAGUCGGGAACUUCCUACCAUUUGAUGAAGUCUUCCGUGCACGCACAGAUGCUUGAGUUACAAAGGAAAAUCCAACUGUUAGAGGGUGACCGGAAGGCCUUUUAUGAGAGCUCCCAAUGGAACAUGAAGAAGAACCAAGAUACCAUCAGCCAGCUUCAAGAGGAGAUCAAGGCUCUCCACAUGCAGCUAAAAGACCUGCUUCAGGGAGAUUCCAAAGUGGUCCAGGCAAUCAUUCAGGAAUGGAAGUCAGAGAAGCCUUACCUGAAGAACAGGACUUGUGAGGAGGCCCUGGAGCACCUGGAGCACCAGUUGAGGGAUAAGACGAACCAGCUGAAUGCUUUGCGACACCAGGUGACGCUGCGACAGAAGCGUCUGGAGGAGCUGAGGCUGCAGCACAGCCUGCACCAGCUGGAGACGGCAGAGGUACAAGACAACAACACAGAGGCUGCCAAGACCAUGCGCAACCUGGAGAACCGGCUGGAGAAGGCCCGGUUGAAGGCAGAGGAAGCAGAGCACAUUACCAAUGUAUACCUGCAGCUCAAGUCUUACCUCCAGGAAGAGAGUCUCAACCUGGAAAACCGGCUGGACUCCAUGGAAGCUGAGGUGGUGAAGACCAAGCAUGAGGUAGUAGUAGAGCUGAAAGUGGUGAAUCAAGAGGCUCUAAAUGCCCGGGACUCGCCAAGCCAGCUGCAGUACCUGGAGGAGACUGCCAUCCGAGACCGCAAGAAGCGUGAAUACUUCAUAACGGACUGCAAGAAGCGGGCAGAAGAGAAGAAACUUCUGACAGAGCGCAUGGAGCGCAAGACACACCGAGAGCACGUCCUGCUACAGUCGGAAGACACCAUCCAGGACCACCAGCGGCACAAGGAGGAGGAGCUUGAAGCAACGCUGGGCAUGUACCAGAUGGAAGUGAUGUUCGGCAAGGUCAAGGAUGCCACUGGAGUGGCUGAAUCGCACGCGGUGGUGCGAAGGUUCCUGGCCCAGGACGAGACCUUCACGCAGUUAGAGACUCUCAAGAAGGACAACGAGCAGGCGUUGGUGAGGUUGAAGGAGGAGAAGCAGCGGCUCCAGAGAGAGCUGGAGAACCUCAAGUACUCCGGGGAUGCCACACUGGUGAGUCAGCAGAGGCACCGCGACUCGAUGCAGGAGACACUCAAGAAAGAGGAGCAGCGACGCAACGUCAUCCAGGACCAACUGGAUCGCACCUUGCGAACUCUCCAGUUGGCCAAGGACUGCCUGGAGCACUUGGCCAGCAAACUGAACCACGUGAUAGUGGAUAAUAGCCUUUUGGCAGGAAAGAAGUUAGAUCCAGACACAGAGGACUAUGUGUCCAAUCUGCUGGUUGUUGUCGAGGAAAAAUUGCUGAAACUACAGGGGCAAGUAGAGAGUCAUGACAUACCAGAGAUGCUGCGACACAUCACAGAACGAGAGUUCCUGGCCACGUUAGAAGGAAAACUGCCCCUCUACAACACCCGCAUCCAUCUGCCCGUUGCCAGUGUCAAGGACAAGUUCUUUGAUGAAGAGGAGAGUGAGGAGGACGACCGUGAUGUGGUGACCCGUGCUGCCUUCAAGCUUCGUUCCCAGAAGUUAAUCGAAGCCCGCAGUAAGAAGCGCAAUAGGUCGCGCAGGUCCUAGACUGGCAGUCACAUCCCUUCGGAUGCCUCCUGGCCUCUAGGGAGCCCUCCGACCCUCUGGAGCUACCUACCGGUGUGGCCUCGAGGCUCCUUCAAGGGCUGAAGGAGGCUUGACGUGGGAGCACCUCAGGCCGGCAGCGCCCGGAGGAGAAGAAAGGUCGAGCCAGAAGUUCCCACAGUAAAUCUCUUGAGGCGGGUUAGAGCCCGCCUCAGAAUCGCGCAAUAAAGGUCACAGAUCAA